ACCGGUGUCGCAGGGGAGAUAAUUUAGUGUAAUACUGACAGACAGUAAUUUCACUUAUUUACGAAUGUGUAAAAUUUAAUAUACCGAUUUUCGCACACCAUAUUCACGUGUGUAAAUGAACGUUUUAAAACAAAAUUUAUAAGAUCCAUUCUUGUAGAUGGUAAGCCAGUUUGAUGGAGUUGGGACUUGAGUUUGAUGAUGAUGAUUUGAUCUGUGAUGUGAUCAGUUCAAAAGCUCGAGAGCCUCUUGGGUCAUACCAUGUUAAAGUUUGCACACCUCUUUGGUUUGAUCAGUGUCAGAAUGGGCAACGACAUAUAAAGUCCACCCCAGGAGAGAUAUUAGAGGAACUACUUGCAUUCAAGUUCAGUGGUGAUUACCAUUAUCAUCAAAAAGAGUAUCAGCUUGCUGCCAACAAAUACAAAGAAGCAUUUGAUUUGCUGCAGCCAAAUGUAUCUGCAGUGCGACUUGACAUUUCUCAAUCUCUGGCUAAAUGCUACCUGUACACUGGUCAGACUGAAGAGGCCAUUCAGAUUGUCAACUCACUGAUAAGAACUGCUCAGAAUGUUGACCAGCAGAGGCAGUGUCUAAUCUUACAACACAAGUUGUGUGUCUUCUCCAUCGACUGGCUAGGUGCAGUGUGUGCUCUUCAAAAGCUAAUCACUAUGGAAUGUCUUUAUGCACAGUAUUGGCUUCAGCUGGCUGAAGCAUACCGCAACUGUCCAGUAGAUGGAAAUAUAGAGGAUAUAAACAUCAAGCUGGCUACCUGUUACAUACGAGCCAGACUUCUCCUUAGAAGUGUGUAUCACCAGUGUGGACCAUUUGUACAAGAGAGAAAUAACCGUCUUGUCGCAGAAAUAACUCAAAAUAUUUCCAACUUGCCAAUCACAGAAUCAGAGUUGAAAAGAGCAACAGAGUUUCUAUCUCGUGACAUUAGAUCUGAUUUGGAAAAUGAUUUGGAUGAUGAUCAACAAGACACUGAAAACAUCAAAGUGAUGUCAACAGAGGGUGAAUCAUUUGGAACUAGGUGGUUUCAGUGGUCAAGUAGUGUAUCUGAAUCAUUUCAAGAAAAUGUUGAUUCAUGUGGAAAAGUGACUUGAAAGUUUGUCAUGAAUGUAACUGAAACUGAUUCUUGUAAUAUUUGGAGGAGGACCAGAUAUUUACUUGACACAUAAAGCUUGUGUGAGGGAGUGGAAAAGUAAAAUGUGUCAUUCUUUGAAGAAAACAAAAUGGGUUUCUACAAACCUACCGUUUUGUAUGAAACAGGUAAAACAAAAACCCUACAGUUUGGUGCAUAUCAAUGAUUGACAUAGAUUGAUUUUGUCAUUUCAUUAAAUGUCAUUAACAUCUGUUAAAUUGGAAAAAUAAAAUUGAAUAUUUAAAUUUACGUUUCUGUUUUAAUUUAUCUAGAUAGAGAGUACUAUCAAAUUCAACUUCAUAUGCACAGACAAAUACAAGUGGAUAUGGUGUUUUGCAUAUGAAUUAUAUCACCAAGGUUUAUGAUGGUAGCAUUCACAUUGAUUUGUCAUUUCAUUAAAUGUCAGUAACAUCUGUUAAAUUGGAAA